AUGGAAGCCCUCCACCUGUUCGAGCAUCCUCUCGGUUUCGCCGCAGCUCUUCUCCUCGCGUACCUCGUCUCAUCGCACAUACACGAGCACGUGAGAUGGAGGCAUCGUACCCAGGGGCGUCCCCUCCCUCCCGGUCCACGGCCGCUCCCUUUGAUCGGCAACCUGUUGGACAUGCCAUCGCUCAAACAAUGGGUUGGCUUCAGAGACCUGUGCGCAAAACACGGCGACAUCGUGUACUUGAACCUGCUAGGCAGGCCCAUGCUCAUCGUCGGCAGCGCACGAGCCGCGACAGAGAUCUUGGAAAAGGGCUCCGCGAACACGUCCGACCGGCCGUCAAGCUACUCGCUUCCGCUUACCGGCAACGACUUGGUGUUCACUGUCAUGAGAUACGGGCCAUGGUGGAGGGACCACCGCCGCGCGUUCUGGCAAGUCUUCCACCCCGGCAAAGUCGGUGAAUACCGCGAUGUUGAGCGCGGGUUCGCACAUGAGCUGCUCGCAAAGCUGCUAGAGGCCCCGCAGGACCUCGAGCAGCAUCUCCGCUUCGCCCUGUCGGCCACGAACAUGAGGGUCCUCUACGGCCUCGACGCGCACCAAGACGAGCACCGCGAGUUCAUCGCGCGGGUGCAAGACGCUGUGCACUGCACAGCCGAACUCGCGACGCAGACACACCUCGUCGACUACGUCCCUUUCCUGCGCCACGUACCCGGCUGGGUUCCGGGCGCGGGAUUUCAAUACGCUUUGGCUACAUGCAAGGCCGCGGUGCUGCACGUCAGGGAGGUGCCUUUCGCGAAGAUGCGCGCAGCGUAUGACAAGGGCCAAUCCCCGCCUUGCGCGUUGGCUGCGCUGUUGGCGCGAUCGCAAGUCGCGGAGGGACCGGAUAUCGUCGACGAUGCGUACCAGGAAGACGUGGUCAAGAACGUCGGUCUAGCUGCGUUCGAAGCGGGUUCGGACACAACGCUCUCUUUCCUGAUCGGCUUGUUCUUCGCCAUGUCUCAGCACCCCGAGGUCCAGGAGAAGACCCACGCGGAGCUCGACCGCGUGGUCGGCCCCGACCGUCUGCCAGACUUCGGAGACAGGGCGGGGCUCGUCUACAUGAACGCCGUGCUCAAGGAGGCGCUCCGCUGGCACGUCGUCGUGCCCCUCAGCAUCCCCCACCGCACCGUCGAGGACGACGUCUACGGCGGCUACUUCGUUCCUGGCGGUACCAUCGUGGUACCAAACACCUGGGCAAUGCUCCAGGAUCCGGAGAUCUACGAACGCCCAGAGGAGUUCAGGCCCGAGCGGUUCAUCCGCGACGGAUCAACCGAGACGACUGCACCCGACCCGUCCGCGUUCGCAUUCGGCUACGGACGAAGAGUGUGUCCAGGGCGACAUUUCGCGGAUGACUUGCUGUACAUCACAGCCGCCUCCGUCUUGCACGUCUUCCGCUUCGAGCCCCCGCUCGACGAGCAGGGGCGACCCAUCAAGAUUGAACUGCAAGAGUCACACGGCUUGCUCGCCUAUCCCGAGGACCGUCGGAGCGUCAUCACACCCCGUUCGGCGGAGGCUUCGAAGCUGGUCGUGAACGUGCAGGACGCUGUCGCAGAAAGCAGGGGACGGCAGGCGUGA